GGCACCUGUGAAUGAGCAUAAAUGGGAGAAAUCUUGAAAAAUGUGGGAUGGAACGGUCGUGUUAACGGUUGGUGUAGGGGACAAAUCAAUGUCGCGGUGCGAUAAAUGCGCCUUUUGCCUGGGUUACGUUAACAUUGUGUCAUGCGUCGGCGUUGGCGGCGGCAUAUGCCGUGCACAGGGCGUUAAAUAUAUUUAGAAAUGCGGGAAAUGGGGAGAAUUCAAUAAUAACUUCGUCUUCCGGAUCCUGAAUUUCCGAUUGUUUUAUUUUAUUUGAUGAACUAUUGACGCUCUGUCCGGUGAUGUGAGUGGGGAGAUAAAAGGGGAGAUACGGGAGUCAUUGAGGAAUAACGCGCAGAGCGAAAAAACAUACGAAUACAUCGGAAUGAAUUGUGGUGGUGGUGAUGGUUUGGUAGGAACAGCCGGCGGGGAGGGAUGGAAGCUGAAGGCGGCCGUCUGGCUCAUCAGGGGCUCCACCACCACCAUCACCAGCAUCAGCUUGCCCUGCCCUCGCCGGGAAUCCCCGGCCUCGAUGUCGUAAGAGCUCUACACCAGACGGUAAUAUCCCUGCGAAGUGCAUUAGACUCAUCCCGAGCCGAGCUCCGAAGACUCCGCGAAAUAGUCGGUGAUUUUCGUACCGAAAAUUACGCCGAGGCUGUUGAACGCCUGUCACUGGAGAAUCACGUACUCCGUCGACGUAUACUCGACAAAGAUAAUAACCCCAGCAUUAACGAUGACACGCCAGUCACUCCCGGACCGGCGUCGACGUCCAAUGCUAAUCCACCUACACCAGUCCAUUUAAUAAGUGAACAUCCUUCAGAAGUUAAAACGACAAUGGACGAGGCUGAUUCGUCAGCCCCUGAAAUUAAGGAGAAUGCGGAUAAGGAAGGGGCGAAUAGUCCACGGGAGGUUGUGGAAUCGGUGGAGAAAAGUCCUCCGAAAGAGGAGAAUCCCUCCCAAGACCUCCUGGAGGUCCCCGAGAAGGACCCGGAGGACAUAAGCCUCCGGAGUGUCUCGGACGGUGAUAAUUCGGUAUUCAGUGACAAUCCAGACUGCAGCAAUCUCCAGCAACUGACCCCUGAGGUGAAAAACGCCGAGUCUGAGAAUGAGUCUGAGGAACUUGACGAUAUAGAGUUGAUAUUCACGACUGAUGAGACCUGCAGCAGAGACGUGGCCCUCCAGGAGGACCUCGUCUCCAUCACGGAGGGGGAGACCUGGCAGCAGGCGCAGCCAGUUCUCCUCAAGUACACCAAGUCCAGUGAUGAGCCGACUGUUUGCAAUGGGGAAAAAACGGGAACUAGCUCCGUGGAGGAGGCCCUGUCCUCCCAGAGCUCCUCCAUCGACAGGGAGGAGAGUGUUGAUAGGUUUGACGAGAGCUCCAACACGAGACUCAAUAAAAUUUGGUCGCAGUGCUCAGUUCUUGUGGAAACUGAUAUCAGCAAGUGUGGGGUUGUUGAAGAGACUGAUAGUGGCACUAGGCACAAUGCUGCGAGGAGAAAUACACUGGCUGCACCACCUACAGCUUACAGACCCAUUAUUCAUCGGGAGGCUGUUGCCGCGGGUAGACGAAAGAGUUCAGCCCCUCUGCGCCCAGUUAUGGAUCGCAGUUGCGGUGCAAGACGCGAAUCCGGUGCUCAAACAGACAUCUCAGCGCUUCCUGCACAAUGGCGCUCUGAGAGUUAUCUUGCCCACAAAGUGGCCCACACAUUUACAACAUUGCCCAGUAAAUUUGCACUUCCGGCUGGAGUUGCUGGUAGAUUGAGAAUAUCGGACAAAACGAGGAGUGAAGCCAGAAGGGUCAUGCUCUCUGAUAUAAGUUUUACGAGUAUGGUGCCAGAAUUGUCAAGGAGUGCUGAUCAUCUUUGUCAUGAUGCACAUUCUCAGAAUUGUUUCAAUUCUCGUGGAUGCGGUAUGCGCACUCCCGACGUCAAUCGUCGUGAAUCCCUGGGGUCGCCAGCUGGCUAUUGGCCACGAUGCAACACAGCCACUGGUCUACCCAGCCCCUGUGACUGUAGAUUGUCAACAGAUCUGUAUUCGUCUCGCUAUCGGGGCUCGUUGACGUCGAUUCCAUCCCCUGGGCUCGAGGUCGUGGGGGGCCCACCCAGGAGACACUCCUGGCGGGCGAAUGCAGCCUCCUUCGACACGUGGAAGGUGCCAGCUGCCACCUCCACGCCUAGGCCCACCUGGUCAUCAAUGCCGUCGUCACCCACCCAUAUUCAUCCACCCAGUGUCACACGGGGUGUGAAGAAUCCACCGAAACGAACGCGUUCCAAAGUUACGUUUCAAGAGUGCCCAAUGAUAAGAGGAAGCCUGCCGAAUUUACGAUCAGACGCAAUAGCCAGUGAAAACAGUGGCGACUCAACCGAGUCCCUCAUUGACGAGGCUGAGGAGUACCUCAGACGCAGUAUCGAUUCGAUGUUAACUAUUUCGGGGGAUUACUGGAGUCGGCAAUCAGCUAGGCGAAGACGAACGAGGAGACACUCCGAGCCGGAUCUCUUCAGGGAGUGGAAUCCACCGCAGGACGCGAGGCCAUAUUUACCAAAGAUUCCACGAGAUUUAAAGUUGGAUCACCUAGUAAAAGUGAUAUCGCCCGAAGGCCGAGUACUUCAAGGAAGAGUUCGUUACAUUGGGCCAGUGCCAGGUAGAGAGGAUAUUCAUGUUGGUGUUGAACUACCAACAGAAUCAGGAGUGUCUGACGGGACAUUUCAUGGCCGACGUUUCUUCGACUGCGAGCAAGAUCGUGCUGUCUUCGUUCCCUUCAAAAAAGUUGUUCUCGCGUGGUGCACCACCUGACCCGAACUGCCUGCCGGCGGCGCCGGUACCGGCUCGUUCCCAACGCCAAGGAUUCUUCUCUCUCAGUACACAAUGUAAAAUCGAUACAACCCAGGGAUUAUCAUACGUAUAUCGAUAACGUUUAUCGUGAGUAAAUACAAACAACUUUGAGAGCUUUUGAGAGAAGUCUGGCAUGUAUCGGGUGUUGACCAUUGCUAUCGUAAUAACGUUUUCAGCAACUAUUUUUCUUUUUUUUUUUGAGACUAACAUCAAAAGAUAAUCAAAAUAUCUUGGACUCUGCGUUAAGAGGUGAAUGGGACUGCCUCAAUCAUUAAAAUCUGAAAACAUGACAUUUAAUUUUAAAGCCUGGAAAAAAUAUCUUGAGAGUGAUGAUAAAGUCACUGAAUGUCACUCAACCGAUCUCGAUUUAUUGAGGAUUGAAAAAGUUCCAUUUUCCGAAAGAGGAAUAACGGAAAAACGUGGAUUUUAUUUUGCAAAAAACCAUGCCGAGAUAGAAAUCGUAGGGAAAUAGGCAAUACGAGAAAGUAGAUAUUGAGGAGCUUUUUAUGAAUCAUAUCGAAGGGCUGUAACGGUUUCAAAGGGGUGUCCAUAAACAGCUGUUGUCCAACUGGGAUAAUGUUAUCAGUUUAAAUAUUCUGGUAACAGUGUUAAAAUAGCAUACAUAGAUGUGUCUCUGUCAACGUGUAAACAUGAUUGUCAAUCGUGGCACGGGAUGUCACGCCACUAAAUCGUUCAAUUAAUCUGUCGGACCGUAACCCACGGCAGAAUAUAUUGUCUAUUUUAUCAAUUUAAGGGUAAUGUUUAGGAUUAAUUGGAUUUGAGUUGGUUGUCAUUUGCCAAUUCACGAGGGUACCUGUGGAAUUGAUGAUUGGAAAUUUAUUGAUUAUGUUUUGCAUUUCGUUGAGAAAGUCUUUUCGUCAGUAUUUUUUAUUGAGAUUAAAUUUCAGGCCAGUUUUUUCAGGUUUCUUCGGGCUUUGGGACCUUUACAUGCGUUGAAUAUUGGAUUUUUACUGUGGAUACUUGAAAUAUACUCGAGGGGAUAAUCACUCACGAAAUUUUAGAAUUGGAGAAAUUCCGGAGGCUUAUAAAAUGUCUUGAAGAAACUUCGAAACAUCUAUCGAAAAGGCUAUUUAAUUCUCAAUUUUGGCUAGAAACUCAUGGAAUUGCAAUUUGAAAAAAAAAAAAAA